AUGAUUGCAGAGCUGCUCCUCAGCCCUGGCAUGUGGACAGCGCUUGCCGUCCUCGCAGCCACAUGCUACUGCAUCUUCCUCCGCCGAAGCGCACUCCCCUUCCCCUCGGCCAACGAGUCAUCAAGCGAGCUACAGGACUUUAGCAAACUCAUCACCGAAAGUCUCUCCAAGAACAAUGGCGGACCCGUGGUUGUCACCCUAGCGUCCGGCGUACGCAAGAUCCUCCUCCCGUCCUCGCUCGCCGCCUGGGUCAAGUCCAACCGGGAUUUAGACCACCAUCAACUAGUACGUGAAGACUUCUUCGCCGGGAUUCCCGGAUUCGAGGCGAACACAGUCCUCCACGCACCCGGCAGCCCGAUCAUCGACAUCAUCAAAACCCGUCUGGGCCUCAACGACGGCACGCUGCGCACCAUCAACGCCAGCCUCAAGCGCAUAUUGUACGACAACUUGGGCGAUGGCAAAGAAUGGCACGCGAUCGACUGGUACGCGGGGACGUCGGAUAUCAUUGCGCGCGCCGCGUCGUCCAUCUUUGUCGGACCGGAAAAGGCCGACGACCCUGAGUGGCUCGAACUCGCGCAGAACUACGUCGCCGCCUACUUCACCGCCGUCGGCGAGCUGACUGCCUACCCUGCAUGGUCGCGCCGUAUCGUGCACUGGUUCAUGCCCAACGCCAAAACCUGCCGAGAGCUCCUCGUGCGCGCGCGCGUGAUCAUGAAGGAAGUAGUCGCGGCGCGCGAGCGAGAGGCGGCCGACGCCGAGCGCGAGGGUAGAACGGCGCCGCAGUACAACGACGGAUUGGAGUGGGUACGGGCCGCGUCGGGUGGGCGGCUGGAUCCGGCUGAUGCGCAGCUUUCCCUAGCCAUGGCGGCCUUCUUUACGACGGCCGAGCUGCUACGCGUGGUACUUGUUGAGGUUGCGCGCCAUCCAGAGUAUGUUGAAGAAUUGAGAGAGGAGGUAUCUAUGCAGUUCUCCAAGCAUGGGGUUUCCGUUGCCGCCAUCAAUGGUAUGGUUUUGCUUGAUAGCUUCCUGAAGGAGUCGCAGAGGCUGCAUAGUGGGCUCGUUGUUCUCGAACGCGUCGCCCUCAAGGACACGGCGCUCCCAGACGGGCGCCUCAUCCCGCGGGGCUCCCAUAUCAUGGUCGACUCGAUGGACCUGUGGAACUCGGAAAUCUACCCGGACGCUACCAAGUUCGACGGACGCCGCUUCCUGAAGAAGCGCGAGGCUGGCGACAACGCCAGUCAGUUCGUGCAGUCCAGCCCCGACUACCAUGUGUUCGGCGGGGGGCGGCACAUUUGUCCGGGGCGCUUCUUUGCAGCACAGGAGCUCAAGUUGGUUCUGGCGCAUGUGCUGGUCAAGUAUGAUGUUCGGUUGGCCGAUGGCUGCGACCCCAAGGUGGUGCCGAAUGGCUACUUUGUCAUGGCUGAUCCGACGGUCAGGUUCGAGGUCAGGAAGAGGAAAGAGGGUGGUGGGGAUACUCUGUUCUAG